AUGCAAGAAUUGCAGGUAAUAAUUGAAUCUUCUCCAUUCACUGCUGCACAAGAACCGCAACAUAGGAUGUCAGUUCUAAGGUGUAGUUCUAAGGUGUAGUGACAAUAAAGGUUUAUUAUUAUUAUUAUUAUUAUGGCUAUUAUUUAAUUUCAUUCACCUCAAGUUUGGUCUCAGUCCAUUGCCUGCUCCAAACAAUCUUCAAACCCAGAGGUCUGGACAUGCCUGUGUAAAUGAUAAUUCUCCUUCCACACUAGGUCUUCACAGAGCAUGUGAGUGAAUGCAUAUUGGUCCAGACAGUGAUUUUUAAUUUAUUUUUUAGAACACAUCUGUGCUUAACAACUUUGCCUGAUCAUUCAUGAUACAACGGCAUUGGUAGAAACAGCUACAUAGAACAAGGAUGGGGAAGUGUAGCCCUCCAUAUGUUGUUGGACUCCAACUCCCAUCAGCCCCAGCCAGUUUAGCCAGUGUUUUGAAAUAAUGGGAGGUGGGGGUCAUAAACAGCUGGAGGGCACCAGGUUCCUUUCAAACCUGACAUAGGAUAUUUUAUCAGAAUCCAUAGUGUUGUUUAGUGGUCAAGGUUGAGAUAUUUAGUUGCAACAUUUGUUAUUGUGUUUUUUAUGGAUUAUUUGCUCCUAUGUUGCUUUUGAAGCAAAGACAUCAUUUAAGUAAGGUUGGACUGUAUUUUUAGGGCUGUACACCCCCCCCCCCCCGUCGUGUUCAUCUCCCAUGUGAUUUUUUUCACUCAGAAUCGCCUAUAUAUCUGGCCUGGUCAUUGCUUCUGCACAUUGAGUGACUGUUGUUGUAAACAACGGUCCACCUCUGUGCGUGCUUAUUCAAAAGUAAGGCCUAUAGUGUUCACUAGGCCUUACCACUAGGAAUAUUGGUUUAGGAUUGCUGCUUAAGGGAGCCUCCUAUAUCAGAUACACAUUUCAAAGGCACAGAACCCUUUGCUUUUUUAAAAAAAGUGUUUAUGUGUGUCACUGACCUGUGUUAACAUCAUGAGGUAUGAGCAGCAACUACAAUGCAUUUUCCAAAAAUAUGCUGCUUUUCUGCAGUUUAUGGUUGGAUACACCAAGAGUCUUUAAGUUUUCCUGAAAAUUUUGCACCCACAUCUCUUCCUGUCCCACAGACCCCUGGUCACUGAGCUCUGAAGCAGUGUCCCUGACUGAGGGGAAAGCAGACUCAACCAUGCCAAGAAAAAUGCCUCCGUCACCUUUCAUGACUUGCUCAAUAAUCUCUUGAUAAAAUAAUUCACAUCCCUCAGCAGGGCCUAUGCAAGUAGCCAUUAUUGCAUCUAACCACAUAGCAGGUUUCUUGUACUGCAGUGGAAUCUAGUCCAGUGAAGGAGGUGGUUGAGAGUGCAAUCCUAGGGACACAUCUAUGAACUAAGGACAGUAUUCAGCUAAGUGGGUGUAAUAGGGCAAGGAUUAGCACUAGUGCAAUGGGAUCCCCCCCAUCCAGCCCUGUUCAUGCCCCACAAUAUCCCCAGAUCUGCUCUGGAGGGUUAGGGGAACUCACAGAACAGAUUUAAGGGGCAUUUGGGGCAGACAGAGAGGGGGUGAGUAUUCCAUCAUGCAAUGACAAAUUUUGUGCUCAUGGAAUGUUCUCCUUAGCUCUGCUUUGACAACAAACCCAAGUCCCACAGAAGUAAGUAAAGAAAAAGAAUUAAGCUGUAAAUUACAUCAGGUGUGAAUCAGGAUUCCUUGGUAUGAAGGACACACUUUAAUGCAAAACUAGCAAUUUAGUAACAAACACACACACACACACACACACACACACACACACACACACACCAUCCUAAAGAAAGCAUGAAGUGGCAUAAGAAAAUCCCAUUUAUUAAUAUAUGUCUAUUAUGCAGUCCUAUGCAUACAUUUCCCAGGGAAGUAGGUAAAGGACACCUGGAUGGGUAAGUCCCGCUGAAUUCAUUGAGACUUACGUACUUCUGAGCAGACAGGCACAGGAUUGGAUUGUGAAAAUGCUCUCCACUUGAUUUAGGUUCUCAGAUUUUCAAAAAAAGCAGCUGGACUGAAGAACUCACUAUGAACACUUCUGAAACUGUGUAGCCAGACCUCUGUACUGAAGACACAUAAAAUAUAGAUUUUCCCACAAAAAGACUGGGGAGGAAAUGCCAUAUGGGGUUCAGCAACCGUCUUUAAUAAUCUCUCCUUGUUUCUCAACAGGAAUUUUGCAAAAAGCUUCAUGCUAAGAUAGAGGAGGUUGAUGAGGAAAGAUACGACACAGAGGUUAAGUUACAGAAAACUACUAAGGAGGUAAUCCAGCUCUGUGCUGUGUUGAGUGUGUGUUUCAGUUUCUGGGUUUCAUUGUCCUACUUUUGUUUCCAAAGAGUGGGUUGGGUCCAGAAGGAUACAAUAACUUCUUGUAUAUAGCUCUUGAACAAAGGCAAAAUUCCACAAAUGGAUUCAAAGUUACAUUUCUAGACUGUCGGAGGUCUCACUUUCUAUGUUAAGGGUGUGCAUAAAGGGUAUACCUGAAAUAUAUGAUGUGUGUUCAGUAGGAUAAGAAACCACCAAGAAAAUAUGGAAGGCUGGCAUCUGCCACCUAGAAGAAAGUGUUUACUUGUUACUAGGGGUAGUUGCAUUGGUACAUUGACACCAAUUUUCUAAAAAGUGUAAAAAGGAGGAAGAAGUCAUGGAACAAAUUACAUUUUGUAAUGUUCAAAUUAGCUGUGGGAGGUUAGUUCCUCUUUUGUGAGAACAGAAGCAGAGCGAUAGGAGACAACUAUUGGGAUUAAAUGCAGUCUUUGCCAUAUAUUUGUAGUACAUCUUUGUAGUAUAUUUGUGGGCUAUCACACAGAAAAGAGUAGGUACAGACAUACCUUCAGUGUAACUCCUUGAACUACUUUCCCUUUGUAUCUUUCCCUCAAGUGCCUGCUUCUGUCCUGUAAUUUCUGUAUACUUUACUUUGUCAGGCUGUGUCCUAUAAUUGAGUAGUGCUUUGUGCUGUAUCCCCCUAAUCUAAUAUCAGUCACCUUUCCCACCCUUGCACCUUUUUCUUUCUCUGCCUCUCCCUCUAGCUUGAAGAUUUGAGCCAGAAACUGUUUGACCUGAGGGGCAAGUUCAAGAGGCCACCUCUGAAGAGAGUCCGCAUGUCUGCAGACGCUAUGCUACGUGCCCUUCUGGGCUCCAAACACAAGGUCUGCAUGGAUCUUAGAGCUAACCUGAAGCAAGUCAAGAAGGAAGACACUGAAAAGGUAUCUAAAGGGGUUAAAAGAAGCAUCCGCUAUGACUUUGCUGUGUAAUUUAGCAAAGCUGUCUACUCAAAUCCUGAUUUGUAAUGAAACUACAUGUCAAAGACAUGGACACAUUGUGUUCAGGUCUGGUAUCUACUGCACUACAAGUUUUUCUCCCCUUAGUGCCCAGUUACUCAGUUUAGCAUUUAACAAUGUUCCCUUACUUCCUUGUUGCAUUCAUUUCCUUGUCACUAGCAACUAGCCUCAGGUUCUUUCUUUUGUUUCACCUGGUAAUUGUCUAAAGUAGCUCAGUUGGGCAAAAGCCUGGGAUGCUGUUUAUUCCCCCCUCCCCCUUUUUGGUACUACAUUCAAUGUCAAUCAUAUUUGGUUGUACUUAAGAAAAUUACGUCAGGUUUUUUUCAUUUUACCUCUUGGAGUUAUGUAGCUACUAGUACUGUAAUUGCAGAUGCACAAAUGCAGGCAAUGAUCUUUCAGUCCAAUCUAGACUGCAGUCCUGUACAAACAUAUUUGGGAAUAAGUCUGAUUGAACAUAACGGGGCUUGCUUCUGAGCAGAUGUGCAUAGGGUUGUGCAUUAAUUUAAAGUCACAGAUCACAAGUAAAAUAACAUAAAUUCAUUCUUCUGUUUUACCUUCCCCCCCUCCAAACAGAGUCUCAAGGCAACUUACAGCAUUGAUGUAACCCAACCCAUUAAAGCCAGAAUAAAAUACGAAGCUUUAAGACAAGCAGUGCACAGUAAAAGGAAAAACUGUCAACUAUUCAUAGCUCUGCAAUUUUUUUCUGUGUCCCUCACCACUCCCACCGAAACCUGUCAGAGUGAAAACCUACCAGUUUGCUUCCUAUGAAUCAGCAAGAAACAUGCUGUGUGGGUUUCUUAAAGGAGAACAUCUCCAAGAAGCGCACUGAUAACAAUGGUAAUAAAGAACCAUUACUGAGAUAAUGGUGAAUUUAAAAAGGCCACAAUUAGACAACAGUGAGUUUUUAAAAAUUGCAUUUUAAGUGAGCUGGAAGAUGACAGGAACCAGGAAGGGCAUCCAGCUUAACCAAGCAGUAGGUGACUGCAAAAGCAGUACAGUUAGUUGACUUCCAGGGUUUUCUGAUUAUGAGGUUGUAGCCAACUCUGUUUUACUUAGAGCAGACACAUAAAAAUUAAUGGACUCAAGUUAGUCAUGUCUAUUAAUUUUGGUGGGUCUGCUCACAGUAAGACCAACAUUGGGUGCGACCCAUAGUGUCCAAGACUCUGAACUGUGUCUGGAAGAAUAAUCAUUUUCACUUCUUGCUGUGUUUUGUGUUGAGUUUUAUGCUGUUUUGGGAUUCAUAGAUACCAACGCCCACCUUUCUGGCUGGGAGCUUGUGAACCAGCCCUAUAUAACUGACACUCUUUGUUCAUACACAAGUGCUUGUAGCGUUCUCUCUGUCAAGCAAGGCUGUGUAAGGAAAAGCAAAUGGAUGUGGCCCUUCAUUCAAGGACAUUGACCAAGCUUGAAUGUUUCUCCCCUUCCUCCCAUAGGAGAAGGAUCUUCGUGACGUGGGUGACUGGAGGAAGAACAUUGAGGAGAAGUCUGGCAUGGAAGGCAGGAAGAAGAUGUUUGAAGGCGGCGAGUAA